UGAGGGAGGGGGAUAUUUCAAGCCAUUCAAUUACCCUCCAGCAGCCAUCUUCACUUCCUUUUCCCAUCACUACCCUCCCUUUCGCUCCUUUCCCCGUACUCCAGGCGGGCGGCGGAUCUGUAUGUGCCCCCGGUGCUCCUGCAGCAGAGAGGGAGACAUUGGUGCGGUGUGCGCUGCUUUCCGAGCUGUGCGGGGACAUCGGGACCAGAUACCCCACAUCCCUCCCUCCAUCCAUCAGCAGCCGUCCUGCAUCCCCCACCCAGACAAGACUGAAGCCAGGGCAAGGUGGGCACACUCGUGAAUGUGACCGGGCUUUUAAGACCUUGAAGGCCAGCCAUUGCACACUUGAAUACAUGUUGGUACUGAAGACUGGAUAUACACAUUAAUAUAUUUGGUGGCAUCCACACUGCAGAAGUCUUCACACUUCAAACAAUCUACUGGAUUGAGAUUAACUCUCUUUUAAAGGACACUGAGGACUGUUUGGAUUAAUAUAGCUGCCUUGAAGGACUGAUCAUUCCUUGCUCUCAGGAGUUUUUUUUCCGCUUGGCUUAGUGUUUGGCCUGGAACUUUUGGACUAUUAGCAAUGAGUGAAUUCUGGUUGUGUUUCAACUGCUGUAUCGCAGAACAGCCCCAGCCUAAAAGGCGACGGCGGAUCGACAGAAGUAUGAUCGGAGAGCCGACGAACUUUGUUCACACGGCACACGUAGGAUCUGGGGACCUGUUUAGCGGAAUGAAUUCAGUGAGUUCUAUCCAAAACCAAAUGCAGUCCAAGGGAGGCUAUGGUGGAAAUAUGUCGGCAAAUGUUCAAAUGCAACUUGUGGACACAAAGGCAGGAUAACGUUAGGACUACAUUUUCCAGUCACCUGGAUGAUUUAUACCUUUUGCCUCCCCAUUGUUCUUCACCGCCCUCAUUUUUGCAUUGGUGACUGCUUUCUGUGUUCUUCAUCCCGUGCAAGAUGGUCCGUCGUUCACCCUUUGUGAAGACAGCUGGAAAAAGAUGCUGCCCUGUGUUGAGGACACAGCAAGAUCAUACCAAGCCUCUUCACCUCAGUGUGUGGCACUGGUCCAUGCCAAAACGUCUUAUCAUCCCCAAGUUGAAUGGAUUUUAGAAUUAUCUCUUUUUGCAGGCCAACCCAUUUAUUUACAUUUGGUUCAUUUUCUUUUUUUUUUUACUUUUUUUUUUUUUUUUUAGCUCUUAAUACUUUCUAUGUCAUUGCAGAUAUGAUUUUAGUAAGGUCCGGGACCUACAAGCACAAUGCUAAUUGAAAUUCGGACUGUCAGUGAAGUAGAUGACUUGCAUGCUAUGUGUUGUUUCUUUGUACAGUGGGCCAUUGGGGCCAAGAAACACAAACCUGUUUGUUGCUUAAGACUGGUGUCUGCCAAAAUGUUGUCUCGCAGCACCAGUAUGCACCAGUCUUUUGGAAGAAAUAGCGAAGAAAAAGACUGAUGGCAUUUUAAUCCUACCCAAACUGAAGAUAAUAAUAAAGGAUAAUAAUAAAACAAUACUUCCAUUUAUAAGGAAUUCUGUUGUAAAUGUUCAAUAUAUUUAUUUGAAAGAUCUGACCUCGAGAUUGUAAACCAGUGUAGUAACCUAUAACGUGUUGUGUUGGUGCUUUUGUCUGUUAAAAGAAAUAGGACUUAAUUAAUAGUGGCUGCUUUUUAACCUUUUUUAAUUUCCCCCAAAUUUAAGCUGUUGCUACGCAUGUCAGACUGCCUGCAAUGUAUUUUACAGAUUAGUAGUCUCUGGGUUCUGCUCACUGAAUCUGUACAUGUGUGAAGCGGAAGCCUCCAGAAUCAAAAACAUACCAGGUUGAAUUGAAAUCUGCAAACUGACUAGAGGGACAGGGUGAUUAUAUUUUGUUUUUUUAGUUUAUAUUUUUUACAAUAGUUGUAUAAAGUCUUUUUGCUCAGGUUCCAAAGCAUUGUAUGUUAUGAAAAGUAUGAUCUUAAUAUUGCACUGUUCUCCGGAUGUGUAUGUUAUUAAUUCUGUUUUCAUGGCAUGCCAGAGUCGCAGACACAGAAGUCUCAUUCAUUAAAGUCAGAAUGCCUUCUAUCCUAUUUUCAGCACAGUAGUGAACACAUAGAAUAUAGUAUAGGACUGAUGUAAUGCCUCUCUAGGAGCAUGAAGCCAAAAGUACUGUGUAAAACUAAGAAUCUCAUGGUAACAACCCCAACCCUGUAUACUGUAUCAGAUUAUCAAAUGACGUGGUGGAAAAAUUACAUAGACUAUGGAUUUUGUACAGUGCUAAAAGAAGGGAUUUUCUAAGAACCUGCUAUACCUAUUUGGCUGGGCAAAGUUAUUCCUUAAUUCUUUGGGGAGUGGAGUACAAAGAGUUGGUGUUGACUUUAAAAAGGGGUUAAAAGGUGUAAGCCAAAUAAAUGCCGCAAUCCCACAGUUAAAGCACCCUGAAUUUUACAGCAGCCACACAGGAUCCAGUAUUGUAUGAUGACAUUAAACACGUUGUAUGAGAAAUUUAUAUAUAUAUAUUAUCAAAGUGUGCCAGUCUCAUUUGCAAUGCUUUUAUCAUCCUAAUACCAAUCUGUCUGAACAGCAGAUUUAUCAAUAUUUUCAGAUUCUUUGAUCAAGAGGAAAAAAUAAUUUACAUAUUUUUAUAACAAAGCAUACUUUUUGUACAUUGUGUUCAUUCUUGAAUGAAGUCAGUUCAGUGUUGGCUUGUAGAUAUUACAGAGAAGUAUUGACAUUGAUUCAAUAAAUGUUUUCUUUCAUCUCUGUUGCA